GGCCAGUAUUGAUUUAAAAACCUGCCCCUUUUCUGUGGUUAAUGUUAAUUUCAUAAUGAUCUUUUCUCCCUGAAGUCAAGCAGCAGGAGUUAAGUGACAAUGUGCAAAUACUACUGGGCCAUCUUUAGGAGAACAUGAUGAGAAGAAGAGUAGUCUCACACUGUUUAUAACAGUGUGUUUAUUUAUUAGGGUGCCCACUUCCCCAUGCACCACUACAUCACUGGUGCAAACAGUUUUAAAACUGAACCCAAGAUCAAAUUCUAGUGAUCUAUGCCUACGGUAUCGUAAAGUGCGGGCACAUCAACUUUUAUCCUCUACCAUGUGAUCCUGUGCAGGGUGGGCUCUGUAGGAAAUGUCAAAGUUCACAUAUCCACAAUAUUAUGGUAGACGGUGGAAGGCUAUUAAUAUACAGAGGCACCUAUAAAUAUCCCUGAAGUACAUUUGAGUAAGGAAUAACUAGGAUCUAAGUGUUGAAAAUCAAAGGCAGACCUGCAGCGAGGAAAAUGAUUGGACCUUUAGGCCUACUCGUCCUCUUGGUGGUGAACCUGGUGUUAGUGAGUGGCACUCCGGUGGUGAUGAGCGACACUCCGGUGGUAGUGGGCGACACUCCGGUGGUAGUGGGCGACACUCCGGUGGUAGUGAGCGGUACACCUGAGUCGCUUCCAGUGGAUUGCAGUGACCUCUAUAGCAACGGCUUCGGUAACAGUGGCGUCUAUACGAUCUUUCCAGCGGGACCCACUUCCCCGGUUCAGGUCUUCUGUGAAAUGGGCAGCAUGGAUGCACCUGAUAGUGACAAAUGGACGGUCAUUCAAAGAAGGACUGAUGGCACCAUUAACUUCUACCGUGGAUGGGAACAGUACAAGAAUGGAUUCGGACAAGCGUCAAGUGAAUACUGGUUGGGUCUGGAGAAUAUCCAUCUCCUGUCUGGGAAAAAAAGCUAUAAGUUGAGAGUGGACAUGGAGGACUUUGAUGGCGCAAAGGCAUUCGUGGAGUAUUCCUCCUUCAACGUGGCCCCUGAGAUGGACGGAUACAGGCUCACGUUAAGUGGCUUCAAAGACGGUGGCGCGGGAAAUUCGUUGGAUCAUCAUAAUGGUCACAAGUUCUCAACAUUUGAUAAGGACCAAGAUUCUGAUGCUAGAAACUGUGCAAAAACCUACCUUGGAGGAUGGUGGUACGAUGUUUGCCAUCAUGUCAACCCUAACGGGGAGUAUUUGUGGGGCGAAUCAAUCUUUGGCGUUGGAAUUAAUUGGAAUUCUUGGAAAGGAUGGACGUAUUCCUUAAAAGCCAUUGCAUUUAAGUUAAGUCCCCAACUGGAACUGGAUGCUAUUGGAUGAAUUGUAGUAGAAUUAUAAUUCAUUGAUAGUGUGACUAUUUAGUUGAUGAGGAUCAGGCCAAUUAUAUUAAAUCAUAAGUCAAUAUAUACAACGUCCACAUGUUAAGCAUCAGAUGGGAUUUCAGCAUUAUAUUGUUUAGGCCUUUUACUCAAUAAAGAAUGAGAACAUUUA